CCCGAAUAGACCAUCACGACAUAUUUGUAUUUCAAGACCAAGAAAGACUUCAAGUAGUACCUAGCCAGGUCUGCAACCUCACCCACCAUGCAACUCGUCAACUACGCAGCCUGGCUCCCCGCCCCGCAAACCUCACUCGACGUUGCCACCGCGCCAUUUCCUGGCCACGAAGUCGGCGACGACGAUAUCGUGAUCAAAAACGCCGCCGUGGCCAUCAACCCCGUGGACUGGAAAAUUCAAAAUUCACCCAACAACCCAUUUGGACUAUCCUUCCCCAACAUCCUCGGCCAGGACGUCGCGGGCACCGUGCUCGAAGCGGGCAAAAACGUCAAGCACGUCAAAGUAGGCGAUCUGGUUAUUGCCAACGCCCCUGGUCUGGGUCAGAAUGAUGCUCGGUACGGUGGGUUUCAACUCUAUCCCAUGCUCAAACAGUGGACGGUAGCCAAGGUUCCGCCACAGGUGGCGUUCACUGAAGCGGUGGUUCUGCCCUUGAGUGUGAGUACGGCUGCGGCGGGGCUGUAUUUGAAAAGUACGCUGGGGUUGAGGUAUCCUAGUCUGGACAGCAGGAGGCCUGGGCCACGGGAAGAACAGGGACAGGGACAGAAACAGAAAGAGAAAGAGACACAGACUUUGUUGCUUUGGGGAGGAAGUUCCUCGGUUGGUAGUUCGGUGGUUCAAUUGGCCGUUGCAUCUGGAUAUCAAGUUGUGACGACAGCGAGUCCAGCCAACUAUCUCUACGUCAAAGACCUAGGCGCGAAAUUUGUCUUGGAUUACCAUAAUCCAGACAUUGUCGAACUAUUGAUCCAGAUCCUCAAAGAUACAGAGGUGGUCGGCGUCUACGAUGCAAUUGGUUCUAAUUCCUCCGUUUCACAAUCGGCUCAAGUGUUGCAUGCUCUAGGAGGAGGGAAGAUUGCAAGUACGGUUUCAGUCCCAGAUCCAGAUGAAUUACCUGAUGAUGUUGAGGUGACGAGGAUUAGUAGUGGGAAUAUUGUCAGUCAGGAAGAUGGAAUUGUGGCCAAGAAGAUCUGGCAAGAGUUUGUAAGUGAAGCUUUGGAGAAGAAGGUCUUGAGACCAAGGCCGGAUCCUUUGGUGGUGGGAAAGGGUUUGUAUUAUGUGGAAAAAGGGCUGGAUACGCAAAAGGAGGGGGUUAGUGCUAGGAAAGUGGUGGUGCAGCUUUGA